AUCUGGCAGCCUGGUAUCCACUUUUGAAUUGAACGUACUAAGGAAUAGGUUAAAUUAGUUGAUUCUUAUCUGGACGACGGCAUGCAGAUGCUCACAUCGGCUCCAAAUCCACCGCCAAUUCAGGAAUCAGAUACCGACUUACAGUGCAAAAAGCCUUGAGAAAAGCGAAGCAAAAGAGGCGAGAACCAGAGCCCAAUCUCCCCCUUUUUCUUACUUAUUCGCUCUUUUGAUUCUUGAGAGCAGAGAAAUGUGGGGCGGCGAUGACAAUAUAAAUGCGCACACGGAGAUAUAUAUGGCGGAAUGUGGGAGCAUCGGAGGUGAGGUUUUGGAAAGGGAGGAAAUGGCGAAGGAGAUGAGUAAGGAUCAGUCACAGUUUCAUCCAUAUGCAUUUCAAGCUUCAGGACCACGCAAUGUUUCUACUCCCAGUUGGAGAGACCUGAUCAACUCCAGUUGGAAGAAUGGCAAUUAUAAGAGAACAGUGAUGGCUUGUUUUGUACAAUCAGUUUACUUGCUUGAGCUAGACAGGCAAGAAAACAGGAAAGAAGGAAACGCUCUUGCUCCAAAUUGGUGGAUACCCUUCAAAUACAGACUGGCUGAGACCCUAACAGACGAAAGAGAUGGAUCUAUAUUUGGGGCGGUAUUCAAAUGGGAUCGAGCAGCAGCUUUGGCUGAUCUCGUGCCUAUCAGACCGAGUGGUGCCCCAACUGCUGUUUUAGCGCUGAGAGGGACACUUCUCAAAACCCCAACAAUGAGAAGGGAUAUCCAAGAUGAUCUACGCUACCUAGCUUGGGAAAGUUUAAAGGGAUCUGUCAGGUUCAGUGUAGCUCAAAGAGCGCUCAAGUUGCUUGCUGGCAAGUAUGGAAGCAAGAAUAUAUGCAUUGCUGGGCAUUCACUCGGGGCUGGCUUUGCUCUUCAAGUAGGGAAAACAUUAGCCAAAGAAGGAAUAUACAUAGAGGCACAUUUGUUCAAUCCGCCCUCUGCCUCACUGGCUAUGUAUAUGAGGAAUAUCGGAGAAAAAGCUCGUUUUGGUUGGAACAAGUUGAGGUCAAUGCUACCUUUAAGUUCUGAUCAAACUCGGACUAGCUCAGAAGAAUCUGCAGCAAAAGCUUUGCAGUUAGGCCUCGGACAAUGGGUGCCACAUCUGUAUAUAAACAACAGCGAUUACAUUUGUUGCUAUUACAUUGAUUCAGGCGAAACACAGAACAACCUGCAGGCUGCAGGCAAGGUGAAUAAUGCUAGGACGACAAAUGCUCAAGUUGCUGCCAAACUUUUCCUGUCCUCGUCGAAAGGGAAGCAGAAGUUUCUAGAGGCACAUGGACUCGAGCAAUGGUGGUCCGACAACUUGGAACUCGAAACUGCCCUGAAUAACAGCAGGCUGAUUAGCCAGCAACUCAAAUCCUUGUAUAGUCUCCCUGCUAGUUCUCUACAAACACAAGGAAAACGCUAACAGGGCGUUUGGUUGGAAUGAAGGAAUUUGGGGGGAAAGGAAUUGUAAUCCUGUGGGAAAAGAAUAAGAGGCAGAGAAGUGGAAACUAGCUUGAAAUUAGAAAGUUUGCGCAUUCCACUUCAUCAUUUGACAAGUAACUCCUUUGUAAUUAUAAUGCUUCAUUAUCUACCGUUUGAAAACAGGAAAACGAACUACACAUGGUGAUUUCCUA